AUGAAUCUCAGGCAAACAAGUGGGAAAGAGGGGGGUUCGGAUCUGGUGGAGCGAGUUGUGAUAGUUGCUGUUAAAGCAUCUAAGGAAAUCUCAAAAACUGCCAUGGUUUGGGCUUUAACUCAUGUUGUUCAAACCGGGGACUGUGUUAAGCUGUUGGUGGUCAUUCCUGCCCACAGCUCAAGUAAAAGACUGAGGGGAAUUCCAAGAUUCUCUACUGAUUGCACUGCUGGUCGCUGGAGAUCUUUCUCAGGAAUGAUUUUGGAUGAGAAAGAAGAUAUUACCGAUUCGUGCGCCCAAAUGAUGCUUCACCUCCAUGACGUUUAUGAUCCGGAUAAGAUAAAGAUCAAAAUAAAAGUCGUUUCUGGCUCACAAUGUGGAGUAGUGGCUGCUGAAGGCAAGAGAGCUCAGACACACUGGGUUGUAUUGGAUAAAAAAAUGAAAAAAGAGGCCAAAGUUUGCAUGGAACAGCUGGAAUGCAAUGUUGUGGUAAUGAAGAAGUCUUGUCCAAAGGUGCUUCGUUUGAAUUUGGUUGGAUCAUGUAAGAUGGAAGCGGAGGUGCUGUCUGUGUCAGAAGCAUCUGUAAAACAUCUGGAAAACAACUGCGAUCUGUGGAAUGCUACUCAGGUUCCAAAUGUGACUCCAGCAAGCAGUCCAGAGCACGCAUCAUUCACCGCAACUGAUAUUGGAACAUCCUCAAUGUCAAGCUUAGACCUUGGGGCCUCUCCAGUUUUCAUUUCUGGAAACAUUUGGGAUCUAAAGAAAGAGGGCUUCUUCUAUACCAGAGGUAUCCAUAACCUUGAUAUCUCUGAAUCUGACACAGACAGUGAAAAGUUGAGUUCUCCUUCAACAACUUCGUCUUCUCGGCAAUGGAUAACAAAUAUUCUCAGUUCUGCUGGUGACUUUUCAAAAUAUUCAAUGGAAGGUUCAAAAACCUCCAAUGGUCAAGCUCUAAACUCCACGUCUGAAGCCUUGUGGGGAAAAUCCUUGGGCCUUGAUCCAAAACCAGGAAAUCAAGUGCUAGAUGACAGGGCUAAUUUCAAGUUGAGUAAGAAUGUCAGAGAAAUGAUGUCAUUAACAAAAAAUGCACCUCCUGACCCUCCUUCACUGUGUUCAACAUGUCAGCACAAGGCACCUGUAUUUGGAAAACCUCCUCGGUGGUUCACCUAUGUUGAGCUUGAACAUGCUACGGGUGGAUUCUCUCAAGCUAAUUUUUUGGCCGAAGGUGGAUAUGGUUCUGUAUACCGAGGGGUCUUACCAGAUGGCCAGGUCAUUGCAGUCAAGCAAUAUAAAUUGGCGAGUUCUCAGGGAGAUCUUGAAUUUUGUUCAGAAGUGGAGGUCCUAAGCUGUGCACAACAUCGUAAUGUUGUGAUGUUGAUUGGAUUCUGUGUGGACGACAGGAGAAGGUUGUUAGUUUAUGAGUAUAUUUGCAACGGGUCUUUGGAUUCUCACCUUUAUGGUAUGCUCCUUUCUAGUUCUACCCCUAUCUGCUUUAUUUAGGGAGUACUUCCAUAAUUACUUGAGGUUGGAUACCGAAAGUCAUAGAGGUCAUGGCUAUUUUGUUCUCUUGGCUUUCUGGUUAUUUUGGGGCUGUCAUUUUGAUCAUCACGGCAUCGCCCGACAAGUUUGGUCCACUCAUCUGGGAUUGUGUUGGCAAAUGGGAUCAGGCUAUUCCACUAUGAGACCGUGCCUAACA